GUCAUCCUUUAGUGAAUGGGGGUUCCAGACGCUCAGGCUGCACCUGCGUUUGCACUGCGGCACUGCUGCUCUGGAUACAGGAUAAUUGAGUCUCCUGGGCCUGCCCUCGGAUCAGCACUUUCGUAGACUGCUAAGAGACAUCUCCAAAGAGAAGAAUGUCAGAUGCAGAGGAAAACCCACUGGAAGAAACAGAAGAAUAUGGAGAAAUAGAAAUGGAAGAAGGAGAAGAAGAAGAAGAAGAAGAAGAAGAAGAAGAAGAAGAAGAAGAAAAAUAUCCAAAUGAUGAAGGGCUAGAAAAUAUGCAACAGGGAUUAAAAGAAGAUAACACAUUAGCGUGGAGAGGGUCUCAGGAGGAGGGGGAAGCGGAGGGAGAGGGAGCGGAGGGGAAAGAAGAGGGGGAAGAAUUUGGGAAGGAGGAGGCAGCAGGAGCACAGGAAGAAACCACAGUGAAGCCCCAAGAAAUCACCAAGUCCAUGAUCAGUUUGGAGAGACUUACACCAACUGAUUCCCAAUCAAUCUUGUCAGGAACACUCCCAAAAACCUAUAGUGGUAGAGAGUCAAAGCAUUCAUUACAAUCAGAGCUUUUGGAAACAUUCGAACUUCCAAGCAUGGCCUCGCAAUUAGAGUUUCUUGAUUUGGAUCUAACCACUUCUGCGGGACAACAGCUUAGUUCCCCUGAAAAGCAGCCUUCGGGCGAGCUUGCAGAGAGAACCGACCAGAGGCCCCAAGAUGAAUUGGGACAAGAAAGGAGACACUUGGAACCAGAAAGGGGAGACUUGGAGCCAGAAAAGAGAGAAGGGAGAAAAGAAACAAGAGUAUUACACGUAAAUGAGAAAAAAGAAAAAGAAUUCCAGCCCAAAGCAAGGAUCCCUAAGGGGUCACUGGUCUCCACUGCCACCGAGGACAUUUUGUUCCAAAAGGAUGACGGUGCCAACGUGUAUCCCUUGGCCAUGACCUGGUCGUUCGGAUGGAACAGUUCCCUUCCUGUUUACUACAUUCAAGAUGAAAACCAGAGAGUUCUUCUGUAUGCCAGUGCUCACACUGCGGUCAUCUACAAUGUCUUCAAGAAUAACCAGCACCAUCUUCAGGGCCACCCCAACGUCAUCUCCUGCCUCUGCAUCAGUGAAGACAGGCGCUGGGUCGCCACGGCUGACAAAGGGCCCGAAUGCCUGAUAAUCAUAUGGGACUGCUUCACGGGCAUUCCUGUGCACACGAUAUUCGACAGCUGCCCAGAAGGUGGCGGCAUCAGGGCCAUGGCCAUCACCCACGAUGCCAAGUACCUGGCGACCAUCUCAGACGCUGAGAUCCAGAAAGUUUGCAUCUGGAGGUGGACUUUAGCGGUGGAAACACCGGCCUGCACUCUUAACCUUCCCAAAGAGUAUGGUUUUCAGAGCUACCUUACUUUUAAUCCAACAAAUAAUAAAGAAUUGGUGAGCAAUAGUAAAACACAAGCAAUAUAUUAUAUGUGGUAUGAAGAGGGAGAUAUACUUGUUCACAGUGCCCCACUUUUAACAGAAAAAACAUUCAACAAGCUCGUGGGAAAAUUUAGCCAGUCAGUCUUUCAUUUGAAUUUAACCCAAAUACUGUCGGCGACAAUGGAAGGGAAGCUGGUUGUCUGGGACAUUUACCGCCCACCACCGUCUGCCUCCACCUCUUUGGGCUUUCCCCACAUCACACCUUGUAAACUGGUUCAUUUGCAGAAGGAGGGUAUCACUGUGCUUACUACAGUUGACAGCUAUGUUGUCACAGGUGACAUUCGGGGUAACAUCAAGUUCUACGAUCACACCCUGUCCAUUGUGAACUGGUACAGCCACUUCAACCUGAGCUCCAUAAGAAGCCUGUCCUUCUCAAAGACCCCAGCAACUCCUCCGACUGAAAAUACAAACUAUCCUCCAGACUACACUUUAAAAGGUGACCUUUUUAUUGUAAGGAAUUUUAUCAUUGGAACGUCGGAUGCGUCAGUGUACCACUUAACAGCAGAUGGGACCAAACUUGAGAAGUUAUUUGUAGAGCCCAAGGAUGCCAUUUGUGCCAUCUCCUGCCACCCGUACCAACCCCUCAUUGCCAUCGGGAGUUUCUGUGGGAUGAUCAAAGUGUGGGAUUAUGAACAGAAAAAAUACCUCUUCAGCAGGAUCUUUGAGAAGGGGCUUGGAGUCCAGAGUCUGACCUACAACCCUGAAGGAGCUCUCCUCGGAGCUGGCUUCACAGAAGGGACCGUUUACAUUCUUGAUGCAAUGUCCUUAGAAAGUGAAACCCCAGAGCCUUUCAAAUAUUCCAGAACCAGUGUGACUCACGUCAGCUUCUCCCAUGACUCCCAGUAUAUGGCGACCGCUGAUGUAAGUUUCACCGUGGCCGUUUACGUGGUGAGAGUCAAAAAUGGACGAAGGGUCUGGGAGUAUUUGGCAAGACUUCGUUCUCAUCGCAAGAGCAUUCGAAGUGUCCUGUUCGGGGUUCAUCUGGACAGCAACGAGCCGAGACUGCUGAGCCUCGGGAGAGACAGACUCUUGAUCGAGUAUAAUCUACUCAAGAGCUACAAAGACCACCUGGAAGUCCUGGACAUUCAGCGAACCGACCAGGGCAGCUACCCCACCUGUAUGGUCUGGUACCCACCACUUACCAAGGAGCUCUUCCUGCUCAUUUGCAACAGUGGCUACAAAGUGAAGCUUUUCAAUUCAACCACAAAAAUGUGCAGAAAGACACUCCUCGGGCCAGUUUACGGAUCUCCCAUUGAGCAGAUACAAAUCCUCCCAGUGAAAACCCCUCUGGAACUUCAGAAGCGCUACAUGGUGUUUAUUAACAGGGACAAGGUUGGACUUCAGAUCUUACCAGUUGAUGGCAACCCACAUAAGACAUCUGCUCUUAUAUGCCACCCCAGCGGGGCGGCUGGAAUGGACGUUUCCUAUGACGGCCGCUACACCUUCACAGCAGGAGGGCAGGACCGGUCGGUGGUGCAGUGGGAAAUCAAUUUAAGUGCCCUGGAGGCAGCAGUUUCUCUUGGGGGCGAAGACCUGACCCCAUUCUAUGGUCUGGUGUCUGGUGGCAGGGAAGGAAAAUUCUACAGGGAGCUGGAAGACUAUUUUUACUAUUCUCAGCUCCGUAGUCAAGGUAUUGAUACAAUGGAGACCAGAAAGGUGUCGGAACACAUCUGCCUGUCGGAGCUUCCUUUUGUCAUGAGAGCAAUUGGCUUUUACCCAUCGGAAGAGAAGAUUGAAGAUAUGUUUAAUGAAAUCAGAUUUAGUGAGUAUGUGGACACUGGAAAACUAAUUGACAAAAUCAACCUACCGGAUUUCUUCAAAGUUUACCUUAAUCACAGGCCACCCUUCGGUAACACCAUGAGUGGCAUCCAGCGGAGCUUUGACAUUCUUGGUUUUACCAAUUCAAAGGGAAAGAAAGCUAUUCGAAGAGAGGAUUUUCUGAAACUGCUUCAAACCAAAGGUGAGCACAUGACGGAAGAGGAGAUGUCUGACUGCUUCGCUACACUGUUCGGACUGAAUCCUGAGGGCUGGAAAUCCGAGCCCGCAGCCUCUUCUGUCAAAGGUUCAGAAAUUUGCUUUGGAGAAGAACUUCCAGACGAAAUCACUGCAGAAAUAUUCACGACUCAAAUUCUUGGCCUAACCAUUUCCCAAGAUUCUGGACAAGAUCCUACGAAAGAUCUGUGUCCUAAAGCCAUGGCUGCCCUAGACUCUGGGGUUUUUGGCCUGACCAUGUUCUUCAGAGAUCUGGAUGACAGAGGUUCCCCUGCAGGCAGUGGCUCAAAACUGACUAUAAUGAAUAGACACAGGACACUGGGACUCAACAAGUUAUCCUUCCCCUCCCCACACCUCCCACCCCAUGGUGAAUGAGCCUUCAUCCCGGAGGAGGAGUGACGUAAGGGUUGAAUUUACCAGCCUAGGAAGAGUAGUGUGACUUCAAACCCCAGUGUGGGGCAUACUGAUGCAAAGAUCGUCCAGGUCUGUUAUUUAACAAAUGCUUUCUGGUAUCUAGCAGUUACUGUGUGCCAAGUGCUGUUCUAAAUUCUUGACAAAUACUGUUUUGUUUUUUGUUAUUGUUGUUGUCGGUGGUGGUUUUUUUUUUCGGUACGCGGGCCCCUCACUGUCGUGGCUUCUCCCGUUGCGGAGCACAGGCUCCGGACACGCAGGCUCAGCGGCCACGGCUCACGGGCCCAGCCCCUCCGCGGCAGGUGGGAUCUUUCCGGACCGGGGCACGAACCCGUGUCCCCUGCAUCGGCAGGCGGACUCUCAACCACUGCGCCACCAGGGAAGCCCUGUUGUUGUUGUUUUUAA